UACUAUUAAAUACUGCUAAAAAGUAUUAUGAAUAUAUAAAAUAUUAUGUGACCAUUUCUCCUUCCAAUCUAAUUUUUAUAAAAAAUUCUUUUACAGCUCCGCCACGAGUACAAGCACUUUCGAAAAAUCGCGACCAUCGGCUGAACGGAACCGGGGCAGCUAUUAGAACUUACGCUCUUCAACUUGCGGCGGACAAGACUACAACCUUCUCGCAGAAUAUCGACAACUUUAUUCAAUGUACGCGAGAGAGCAAGGAAGCGAUGCCGCAUGUGGUGAUGCGCAAUAUGCGGCAAUUCAUGUCGGGUAUGAAGAAUUACUUGGUGAAGCAUGGCGAGCGUGGAUUCGAGAGCGAGGUGGAAAAUGAGCGAUCGAAAUUACGGCCGAACGAGUUCCUCAAUCUCGAUGCCAUUCUCGAGGAUGUGAUGAUGGGCCUGGUGGUGAGGCCCCUGCGGGAACACGUAUGCCGGUUGUUUAUCGAACAUUAUUUUGCUACCGGUGCGCUACAGACCCUGGCAGAGAACAUCCAGCACGCCCAGGGCAAGACCAUUCACGACCUCGGUGUUCAGUCGAAAAUCGUACCCCCUUCGGAAGAGAGUCUGGACCGCAUUCUCAAAUACAUCGAGCGAUUGCAGAGAACCGAUUCUCCACUCGAAAAGCUAGAACACCUAUUGGCAGCCAUCUCGGCCAUCUUCAACUCUGUGAAGCAAGCUAACUUGGGCAGGCAUGUUACACUGGGCGCUGACGAUCUUCUGCCGCUGGUGAUCUGGGUUUUAGUACGCGGUAAAGUGGUGGACGCGGAGAUCGAAGCCGAAUACAUGUGGGGCCUGCUACAUACUUCCCUUUUGAGCGGCGAGGGCGGCUAUUACCUGACAACGCUGUCGAGUGCGGUGCACGUUCUAAAGACCUUUAAGUCCAAACAGAGCACCAUGUCCACGUUAAACGGAUGUGGAACACCGGACUGUUCGUCUGUGUUGCGGAUCUUGGUACCGGAUGAGUUGCAUGGUUCUUUAAAUACUAGAACACUUCCGGUGCGACCAAACAUGAAUACCAGAGAAAUCUGCCGCAUCCUUGCGCAUAAGAUUAGAUGCACAAAUCCUCAGGACUAUGGGCUCUUCAAGUUGGUGCAUGGGGAAGAAACGUUGCUCGGAGAUCAUGAAUGCCCACAGGAGCUCUCUCACUGCCUUUUCGCCUACAAACGGAUCGACGCCAAGAUAGCAUGGCCCAAGACCAGUUCUUAAGAGAGAAUAGCAAAGUAUUCUAUCAACUUAAAAUUAACUUUUAGACACCUCUGUUGUGACUCGAUAUCCCGCUUUUCAAGAUAUAAGUAUUAUAUCUUGAAGAUACAUGGAAAUUUAUUGAAAAAUAUCAUAUUUUUUCUACAAAAACAUCUCUUUCAAGAUUUUGAAUAUUGAAUCACUCAAUAUCGUCUACAUAUUCAAGGAUUUUUGUUAAAAGUGUAUCUUGAUAGAAAUCCUUUCGACACUGCCAUUUUUAUAAAGCGUUUGUCAUAAAAAAUUAAAUGUGGAUAAACUAGAAUUUUUAUCAUUCGCGUGAGUAAUGUAGGUAUUUAACUGCAAAGAAAAAUUAAGUAAUCUGAAUUACAUGGUCAUUGGAAAAAAAGAAAAAAUAUAAAUGAGUUUUGUAAAAUUUUUCUAAUUGGGAUAACGUGAUUUUAAACAGUAUCAUGCAAUGUACAAUUAUUGAUUUUUUAUAUUUUAACCCUCAGCAGAUAAAUGGAGUUUAAUUAUUUGGAUUCAAGAAUAUUAAAAUUAAUAGUGGAAUGUUAAAGAUAAAUUUUGCAUACAAAAUAAUUAUAAUAAGUAAUAUAAAGUUUUUUUAUACUCUAAUAUUUAUAUAUAACAAAUAAAUAAUAACAUGUUUCUUAUCUUCUUCAACUCAAUCUUUUAAUUGUCUAAUUUUCUAAUAUCGAUAAUUCUUCUUAACAAGGUCGUGUAAGAAUAUUAGGAAGCUAAUACCAAAAACUUAAUAAAAUUUAUAUUUGUGCGGUUUUUAUAAUAACCUAAUUUUAAUAUCUCUUUAUUUAAUGAAAUUUUAUACUGUUUACGAUUCCUGAGGGUUAAUAUAUUAAAAUACGUACAAUUAAAAAUCGCGUUAUGCGUGCAAAACUAUUCGCGACCAAAUAUCUACUUACCGAUAUUGACUCGACGGAAUUGACCACUGAUUAAAUUGCAUCGGGUGUAAAGCCAAAAGAAAAAAAACGUACAGCUGUGUACAUACAUGUGUGUGCAAUUAACGAUAAUCUCGAGACGCGUAUACAUUUGCAAUUGCACGCAGGAUACACGCGCGCGCGCGCGCACGCGCACACACACACACACACACACACACACACACACACACACACACACACGAUGUAUCGUGAAAAGUCGUAUUGUAUGUAUUUACUCAGUAUUCAAUGUCUCGUGGACGUCUGCAAUAAAAAAAGGGAGGACGCUGCUAUUCGGAAGCGAACCUGUCCUUGAAAGAAUAAGAUAGAAUAUUCUAAGUCCAGAGAACGUCUUAAAAAAAAUAGUAAUAAAUUAAUUUUAUUAGUUUAUAAUUUUAAAAAACUUUCUAAUUUUACUAAUUAGAUAGAAUCGUUAUUAUUGUUUAUUUAUUCAUGAUAAUGUAAAUGAAGCGAUUAUCAUAUUUAUUGAUUAUUCAGACAAGCCUCUUCGUAUGAAACUAAAAGAUUAUGUUUAUUAUAAGAAACUCAUAUUAAUGUAAAGUUUGUUUAAUUUUUUAUUUAAAAAAUACAAUUUUUCUACUUACUUUAGCAUUUUCUCAGAAAUCUGAUUUUAAUCGAUAAAGUUGCUUAUUUUGUUGUUAUACAAUAUACAUAUAAUGGCAUAAAUAAGAGAAAGCUUUUUAUUAACUGUUUAUAUUUUCAAAAAAUUUUCUUAAUGAUAAUUCACUCAUUUUUAUAUUAAUAUUUUAUUUGAAAUCUUUAUUGAUAUACCAUGUCUUAGAACUUUUUCCUAAUAAUUAUAUAGGAAUAAAAUCGAAUAUUUAAAUUAAGGUAACAUUACUACAAAAUUUUGUUUUUAAAUUAAUGAAAGUACUUACAAUAUAAUAAUAUAUUGACAUAAUGAUCACUAUAAUAAUACGCCGAUGAUCUCUGGACUUUGACCGGCUUUGCGAGUAUUAUACUUUAUAUAUAUAUAUAUAUAUAUAUAUAUAUAUAUAUAUAUAUAUAUGUGUAUAUAUAAUAUUUAUAUGCAUAUAUAUAUAAAAAGAAUAAUGCACAGAUUUUUCCCUAAUACACAUAUAAAGGAACGCGCAAAUUACUAUACGUUUUCUAUAUAAUAUUGAGUGACAAAAAUGAUUCACGAGAAAACUUCUUAACUCGUGACCGCGAAUUUUAGAAUAGAAAACAAAGAAGAUUAGCUUAGACGUUCUAUUUUAAGUACUUUCUAUGAUACGAAAAAAAAUCGCAAAUUCUGGUAAGAUAAGCAAUCCGUAAUCUUAAGCAAACGUCGUGUAUUUAUUACUACAAGUUGUAGACAGAUUUUUAUUCAUAUUUUUCACAUGUGAUGCCUCCCUUAUUGCUUCUUUUUUUUCCUGCAAAAGAAUUUGCUAGGCUGAUUUUUUAAUCUAGAUGGCUGUGUAUAACUCAUAUAUGUGUCAAUAAAAUUACGAGAUAAUAAAAAACGAUAAUACAUAUGCAAUAAUGAUCAGCUGUGUGAAAUUAGAAAAUAUAAAUAAAUAUCAAUUAUACUUUAAAUUCACAAGAGAUCGCGAUGGCAUCUUUUAAAUUUACAAAAAUAAUACGGAAAAUAUAAAUAAAUAUCAAUUAUAUUUUAAAUUCACAAAAGGUCGCGAUGGCAUCUUUUAAAUUCACAAAAAUAAUACAAAAAAUAUUUUGCUAAUGAGAAUCGUACAAAUCAGCCUCGCAUUCUUUUACUGUCUUUUACAAUUUAUGCACUCGUUACAUAUGUAAUAAUAAUUAGCAGUUUAUAAAUGUACAUUUUUCCACAUAAUUUAUUAAACACGUUUUUUUUAUUAUAUCUAUAAUGUAUUCGUGAUCUUUGCGUAAACGUGCUUUCGUCCUUUUUCCACGAUGAUUAACACGAUAAUUUUAAUGUCGAUAAUAUGCUUCUAAUAUGCUAGUCAAACCGAUACGAGUUCGAAAGGUUUAUUAAAAAUUACACUUAAGUAAAUAACUUUUUAUUUGUUAAAGAAACCUGUACCAUUAAUUAAUUACCAUAUUAUUAUACACUUGUCAUCAAUGAUUAUUAUUAUCAUUGUAAUAUGUAAGUCUAUGCUCAAUAAACACUUUUCUAUUA